ACUUAAAGUAUUUCACCAUGGUGGAUGAUUGUCUUCAGAAAUUCCUGAAACUUUCAUAAGCAAUUUCAGAAUGCGCACAGUGUGACUGUGAGACAAUCCAGGAGCAAUAACAUCAAACAGAGGUUUGUAAUAAUAAAUAGUGGUUUAUGUCUCCAAAAGGAUAUACAUACACAUACUAGGCAAAGGUCAAACAAUCAGCAGCUACAGCAGGGAAGCACACACGGAGAGAGAGAUUCUCCCCAACAGAGCCUCAUCAUUACAGUAUUCCAGCAGCUGGUCAGCUGUUAAUGCAUCAUUACCCUAACAAGCAAUCAUUUUAAAAAAUGGAAGAAGCUUUAGAAAGAUACAAAGCCAAUAUCAAUGAUUGAAUACCAAAAUUCAGAAAAUUCACUCCUGGUUAUAAGUUAAGGGAAAUUGGUAUUCUAUAACAAUCACUGAUUUUAAAAUAGAUACAUUGUUUAACAAUAACUAUUGGAAAUGCCAUAAUAAGGAAGGAUCAUUUUAUCAUUUGUGGUGGUUAUGGAAAACAACAUUUUUUAAAGUAUUGGAAUGACAGAUAUCAGAAUAGUGGGGGGGAUCCUAAACAUAAAAAAAAUGAACUGAAAUGACAAAUACGCACUUUAGGUAUGAUUCUAUAAAUCUGGCACAAAAUUGGAAAGACACAUUUUGUCAGGGAUGUCAGAAUGGGAGGUAAAAUUGGAAAAUAUGGGGCAAUGGAAAAAUACAAUAUCUAUAGUAUUUAUGACAGAAGUAGCAACAAUGGGUACUAAUACUGCAUAUUACAAAGAAAAUUUAGACCUUUUGAACAUAGUUUUUAGAAAGUUUUGAGAGUAAUCAAAACUAAUAGACGAAAGUAUUCAAAUAGAUGUUAGUCAGAAUUGUUUAAAAUUAAGCACAAACACAUAUAUACAUACACACACAAACAAAUGACACACAACUCAACACUUGGCAAAUAAAGAGAAAGGAUGAUGGCAAAGUUUUCCUAUAAUCACUGUAUUCAUGCUGAGUAAUUAUUUCUUUGUGUUAUUCAAUUGCCACUACUCAAUGUAGAUCAUUUCCUCCUUUAUAUUUCAUUAUUCCAGUAAUAAAAAUUGUUUUGAAAAAAUAAAAAUGUCAUUGCUUUAUCCUGCUUUAUCGGCUCCUGUCAAUUGGUCAUGUCACUGUAGAAUGUCACUGAAUCACAAGAUAAACAGCAAUUCAUGUUUUCCAGAUGCAGCAUAUUGUGAAAAGUGUCCAGAUGGUCAGCAUUCCAACAAGAAACGAGAUCAGUGUGUCCCCAAAGUAAUAACUUUCCUGUCCUACAAAGAAACGUUAGGUCUCAUCCUGGCUAUCACAGCCUUAUAUUUGUCCCUAAACACAGCCUUAAUUCUGGGAAUCUUCAUUAAAUACCGAGAAACUCCCAUAGUCAAAGCCAACAACCGGGAUCUCACCUACAUUCUCCUGGUCUCUCUCCUGCUUUCCUUUUUGACAUCUCUUCUAUUCAUUGGUCAGCCCAAGCAAGUGACUUGCCUUCUUCAACAAAUCACUUUCAGUGUGGUUUUCUCAGUUGCUGUCUCUUCUUUGUUGGCCAAGACGAUUAUGGUGGUGGUAGCAUUUUUGGCCACAAAGCCAGGCAGCAGGAUGAGGAAAUGGUUGGGGAAAAGUCUGGCCAACUCCAUUGUCUUGUCCUGUUCUGGAGUUCAGGUGAGCAUCUGCCUUACAUGGUUGGGAAUUUCUCCCCCAUUUCCAUAUUCUGACCUGCAUUCUCAACCAAGAGAGAUCCUCCUGCAAUGUAAUGAAGGCUCAACCAUCAUGUUCUACACUGCCCUUGGCUACAUGGGCUUUCUGGCUGCCACCUGCUUCUGGGUGGCUUUCCUGGCCCGCAAGCUUCCAGGGACUUUCAAUGAAGCCAAGUGGAUCACCUUCAGCAUGCUGGUCUUCUGCAGUGUUUGGAUCUCCUUUGUCCCCACCUACCUGAGCGCCAAAGGAAAAUAUAUGGUGGCUGUGCAGAUCUUCUCCAUCUUGGCCUCCAGUCUGGGCUUACUGGGAUGUAUUUUUGUCCCCAAAUGUUACAUCAUUAUUCUGAGACCUGACAUGAACACUAAGGAGCAUCUAAUAAUGAAAAACAAUGAGGGCUCUUGAGUUUGGAAGUUUUUUUCCUUACCCAAAUUAUUUUUAGGAUAAAAUAAGAUCACUUGGAAGUGAAAUCUGUUAUGUUAAGAACUCUCUCUCUCUCUCAUGUGAACUUUCAAUCAUGACUGAUUUAGUAAGAUAUAUAAGAGAUCUGUAAGAGGUCAUUUUCUUUUAAAUCAUUACUUUACCACAAUCCAUAUUUAGGAAGAAUCAUAAAGUGGGCCUUGGU